AAAAUGUUAAAUUUGAAAACGUUGCUGGCCCUUGUGGUCCUUUGUGCCAUAGUUAAACCAAAAGGCGACGGCGGCGUUUUGGCCGUCUUUUGGCCAUGUGAAAGUCAAGAAGACUGCACAGCUGACGGCUCCAUUUGUGAUCCGGACUCAAGCCAGUGCACCUGCUCCACAUUUGAUACGGUCUUCUCGGAGAACUUUACGGAAUGCCUGACGACGUCCCAAAUUGGUGACACAUGCAGCGAUUCCGUUCAAUGCAAUCUUAUGCCAACUGGAGCAAAUUGUAAAGCGGGGCUCUGCGAUUGCGCCGAUGGCCAAACCUAUUUGCGUGGCAAGUGUAGGCCAUUAAAUGGACUUGGCGAGUCCUGCGAUAGGGACUUGGACUGCUAUUUUGGUUACGAUCGAGCUUCAGUGAGCUGUCAGGAAAACGUUUGCGCCUGUGCAAAUGGCUAUUAUCACAGAUAUGGCAACAUUUGUCGUCGCAAAUCAAUGGAAAAAAAUGAAGCCUGCGUCGUGGAUGAGGAUUGUGAUGCAUUGGGGUCAAAUGCCGCUUGCGUGAGCCUAAUUUGCACCUAUGAGGAUGAGAUAACCACACCUGGUGUCGAUGAACCUGCCACCGAUACGACUGAACCAAAUAAUACCGAGGAGACAGAAACAACAACAACAACAACAACCACAUCAUCAUCAUCAUCUACAGCAGCGGCAACUGCACAUCGUUCAGACACCUUCUCCUCCUCCUAUCCAAGAAUAUUGCAAACCAAAGCCUUUGUUCAUUCCCCGCCACCACCGCCUAAAUAUAUUGAUGCAAGCGCUCAGGUUUCAUUAUCACUCCAACUCCCAUUGACCAAUGGCGAAGCAGAGGGCCUGAUUUCACCUCGUCGCCGUUCCCAUGAAAUCGCCGUCCAGACUAGCAUCGAGAAUUACGAACUGAAGGAUUUGGAGCCACGUAGUGUGAGAAAUGUUGGCACCACCACCACCACGGCCUCGACCAGCACCAGCAGCCGUCGCACCUCAACCAGAAAUCUUAACCAUCGACGACGAUUGCCCGCCCUCUUGCACUUUGAUGACGAAGAUGUUAAAACCUAUUCCACACUGGGUUCAAGCCGAGAUGACGACGAUGCCGAUGAAAAAAAAUAUGGCAGCAGUUGUACAGACAAUGGUAAAUCUUGCAGUGGAUUGCCCCACUCCAUUUGCACCAACAAGAUUUGCCUAUGUCGUCAGGGUUACUAUGCCAAGAAUGGAAAAUGCUUUGCAGAGCUGGGUGAGAUAGCGGAGAGUACAGAUGAGUGUGAAUACGAGUUCGAUGACCUGUCCAAGACUUGUAUAUGCCAAAAGAACUAUUUCUAUGAACGCGAUCUUCGUAACUGUAGAAAACCGAUUCAGUAUCAUUUGUCCUGCACUUCGAACAGCCAAUGUAGUCCGUUUGGGGCAUCCUAUUGCCAUCCAGAGAUACCUAGACGUUGCACCUGUGAGGAAUAUGCCAUAUAUGAUGCAAUCAAACAACUAUGCGAAUAUAAGGAGGGCCUGGGGGCUGAAUGUGAAUCGAAUGAUGGCUGUCCUGUGGAUCACUCCGUUUGCUCAAAUCGUUUGUGCGUCUGUCGGGAGAACUAUAUCGAAAAGGAUGAGACCUGUGUGCCAGGCAUUGAUGCCGAGUGUUUGGAAGAUGAUGAUUGUGUUGCCGACAAUGCUGUUUGUAAUACCAAGGAAUCCGAGGAUCUGGAAGCAACACGCUCAUGCCAAUGUCGAAAGGGAUAUGUGCACUUUAAGGAUGAGUGCCUGAAAGAAGCUGAAGAACUGGACGACGAGUGUGUUGAGGACGAACAGUGUAAGCCCCUGUUGGCCACAUGCAAUAAGGAUGGCAAAUGUGCUUGCACGGAUGAGCAGCACGAAAAGAACGGACGGUGUGAAACAAAGCGAGAACUGGGUGAAUCAUGCGACAAGGCUGUCGAAUGCUUUGUGGAAAAGGAUCCCGAGAAUGUGGAGUGCCGAAAUUCCGUCUGCCAGUGUAAAAUUGGUUAUCAGGCAAAUACAGGACAGAAUCAGUGUAUACGUGUGAUGCCCAAUAAAAAAAAUUCUUCCGGCAGACCAAGCGCUCUUAAAAUUAUCACCUUUGCGCUGAUUGGUUCCGCAUUUUUGAUCACUAGUGCUGCCAUCAAGCAGGCCUAUUAUUAAAAUGAGAUCCUCCAUGCGGGUCCAAUCCUUUCCUGAUAAUGAUGAUUCUUGAUGCCACGACGUACCUAGUCCUUACUGAUAGGAAUCAGUUUUUGUUUAUACAUAUAUAUAAGUAUAUAUGUUUACAUAAUUAAUAAUAUCGUUGAAGCUAGUAGUAUUAGCCAAUUGUAAAAUGAUGUUUUUUGGGCCAAGUAUAACCAAGCAUUGGAUUUCAAGUCCAUGUACACAAAGUGAAUAUACUAAAAAUCAUAAAUUUUAAGCUCAUAU